AUGCAUCAUGGGAACUCAGCUAAUUUAGAUCCGCCAUUACGAAAGACGCCUCCGGGAGGAAUGGGAAAGAUUCUUGCAGCCGACAGCGUCGGUCCUCUGUCCCAUCAGCCCUCUGUCCCAUCAGUCCUCUGUCCCAUCAUCCCUCUGUCCCAUCAGCCCUCUGUUCCAUCAGUCCUCUGUCCCAUCAGUCCUCUAUCCCAUCAGUCCUCUGUUCCAUCAGUCCUCUAUCCCAUCAGCCCUCUAUCCCAUCAGUCCUCUGUCCCGUCAGUCCUCUGUCCCAUCAGUCCUCUGUCCCGUCAGUCCUCUGUCCCGUCAGACCUCUGUCCCAUCAGUCCUCUGUUCUAUCAGUUCUCUAUCCCAUCAGCCCUCUAUCCCAUCAGUCCUCUGUUCCAUCAGUCCUCUGUCCCAUCAGUCCUCUGUCCCAUCAGCCCUCUGUCCCAUCAGUCCUCUGUCCCAUCAGUCAUCUAUCCCAUCAGUCCUCUGUCCCAUCAGUCCUCUAUCCCAUCAGCCCUCUGUCCCAUCAGUCCUCUAUCCCAUCAGUCCUCUGUCCCAUCAGUCCUCUAUCCCGUCAGCCCUCUGUCCCAUCAGCCCUCUGUCCCAUCAGUCCUCUGUCCCGUCAGUCCUCUGUCCCAUCAGUCCUCUGUCCCAUCAGCCCUCUGUCCCAUCAGUCCUCUGUCCCGUCAGUCCUCUGUCCCGUCAGCCCUCUGUCCCAUCAGCUCUCUGUCCCGUCAGUCCUCUAUCCCAUCAGCCCUCUAUCCCAUCAGUUCUCUGUCCCAUCAGUCCUCUGUCCCAUCAUUUUCCAUUUUCUUUCUUUCUUUCUUUCUUUCUUUCUUUCUUUCUUUCUUUCUUUCUUUGUCUUUUCUCUUCCUUCCAAUCUGUCUUCCAUUCUCUCUUUUUUUGCCUCUCUUUCCUUCUCCCCGCAUUUUUCUAUUUUCCUUUCUGUUCAUUUAUUCCUCCUCCUCCUCUCUCUCUCUCUCUUUCUUUCUUUCUUUCUCUUUCUUUUCUUUUUACUCAUGCGUUUAUUCCUAUUUUUUCAUUUUAACCAUUUCUCUUUUUUAUAUACUUGUUCAUUUUUCGCUUCUAUCUUACAUAAACUUUUUCUUUCUCUCUUUUACAACGGAACUCUGCUUGAUGUCUUUUUAUCAACAAAAUUCUUCUUCUUCGUUCUUUCUUUCUUUCUUUCUUUCUUUCUUUCUUUCUUUCUUUCUUUAUACCUUCCUUAAUUUUCCUGACAUGUUGCCCACUUUCUUUCUUUCUUUCUUUCUUUCUUUCUGCUUUCCUAAAUUUUCCUGA